AAGUGUACAGCUGUUAACUGCCGCUCAGCUGUUCAUCUUUAGCGCAGUGUGUACACACUGUUUGCUGAUAACGCUAGGGCAGAGUACAAAUGGUAAACAAAAAUGUUGGAAAAAAAUAAAUAUGUGCCGCGCGUCAAUCAGAUAGAUGCCAUUUAUCUAAAUAAAGAUAUAACACGCAUGAUACGCGAUAAUCUACUUGAGAAUCUGCAAGCCAUAUCACCCGUCUUAUUUCUAAAAAUACAACCAGAAUUGGACUUACUCAUACAAUCCGCCAUUUGGCUAGGCUCUGUGGGCAAACGCUGCUCCACAUUUGGUCAACAGUUACUCGUGCUCUCCUACGAUGCAGAAAAGUUAACAGUCUCUCGUUUGGCUUUGCAUUUUGCACUCACAGUGCUCCCUGGCUAUAUAAAAAGCUGGGAGGAGCGUCGUUUAACACAACGCGUCGAGUGGUUCAGCCAGGCCAUUACUUGGGUUGAGCACAGCGCAUUGGUUUUAAAUGUGCUCAACUAUUUUCGCUUUCUGAAGACUGGACGCAAGCCCGCGCUUCUUGACUUUCUGUUGGGAUUGGAUUAUAUUAGUUUGAGAAAUAACCAGCGUCGGGAUAUAGGCUACAAGUACCUGACACGUGAGCUGCUGUGGGGUGGCUUCAUGGAAAUCCUGGGCCUUUUGCUGCCCAUCAUCAAUUUCCGCAAAAUCAACAGAUUGCUGAAAUCUGUAGUCUACGGUGACUCUACGCAAAGUCGGCGACGUGAAAGCGUCAGCAAAGAACUUGUCGCAGUCCAACUGACCACCAACAGCACCUGCACGUACUGCGGGGAGCGCCCCACUUUGCCCCAUCAUAUGGGCUGCGGUCAUAUUUACUGUUAUUACUGUUUAAGUGCGAAUUUACUAACAGACGCGAACUUUGGGUGCACCAAAUGUGGCGCCACUUGUCCUGAACAAGGCGUAUUGAGUGUUUAAGCAUAGUAUUUUUUUAUAACUUUUAGCAAAAAAAACACUUGUUCACAUAAAUGUAACAGAUCUUAGCCCCGCGCGAUACACAUGUAUAACGGAUCUUAGGCCCCCGCGCGUAAUAUAUGCGUAUUACGUGUUUAAGUAUUGUAUUUUGUACAACUUUUAGCAAUAAAACCUUUUAA